GGGUUUAAUUCCCAGAUGAGGUGCUACGGUUGUACCCUUGUACAAGUAGUCAACAUGGCGGCGGCCAGGAGGAACAAACGCGUGGCGGCCACCCAGCCUGGCUUUUUAAAACUAAACGCAAGUCUUGACCAUAAUGAGUUGAAUACACGGAGAAAGCGUGUCAACAAAAAUAAGAAAAAGAACUGGAACAAGCACAGCGACAUACAGGAUGUUGAAGAGUUCCUGGACGAUGUUAGACUACAAGAGAGAUCCACAGGUGGACUGAUAUCGGAGAAGCCAGAUGACAGCUUGUUUUUUAUGGACACCGGUGAACAUGUAAAAAACAUCCAGAAAGGUGGAACAGAGAAGAAAGGCAGAAGGUCCCGGCCCCUGAGGAUAGACCUCAUCCUUCAGCACGACUCCCUCGUUCCCCCGCCCAAGGAUGUUUUGGCUCACCAGCAGCCUAACGCAAAGAAACUCAGACGCAUUUCCCAGAAGGCCGAGCAGCUGGCAGCCAAGGGGGUGCUGCCACGGAGACAGAAGCUACUUCUGAGACGGAAAGUGGCAGCAGGGUCAAAAACUAAAGAGCAGCUCCCAGCCAACAACCACCCAGAAAGACCCUUCUAUGACCUGUGGGCAGAGCCAAGUGAAGUGACUGCAGACCCCUGGUUCCUCGAACAGACCAAAAAGAAGCUGGUGAAGAGACCAGACAAGCUGAACCAGAAGCCGUCCGCAUUGCCAGCUGUGGAAAUUAUUGCACCAGGAGGCUCCUACAACCCCGAGUUCUUCUCCCACCAGGCACUGCUGCUUCAGGCCCAUGAGGUGGAGGUGAAGAGGCAGAAGGAAGAGCAGAGGGUGGAGCGGCAGCUGGCGGUCCCGCGGGAGGACAAGGCUACAGAGGAGACUGUGUUCCAGGAGCAGGUGGAAGGCCUGCUGGAAGAAGAGGAGGAGGAGGAGCUUGAGAAGGAAGGGGCGGAGACUGCGGAAGACAAACCAGCCGGUCAGAGUGCUUCUCGAGAGAAAAAGACCGAGAGACAGCGGAAGAGGGAAAAGGCAGAGAAGGAGAAGGAGCAGCGGAAGAGGGCGGAGCAGGCUUUGACGGGCAGGCGGCAGCAGCUCUUCCAGCUGCGCUCCAUCGGGGUGGAGCUGAAGAAGAGGGAGCAGCGCACCUCGGAGAGGCAGGCCAAGCGCCACGCCCGCCAAGAGGCACAGAAGAGCCUCCCCCGCCGCCUCGGCCGACUAAAGUUCCAGGCUCCUGAUCUGGAGGUGCAGCUGAGUGAUGAGGUCCCUGGCUCCCUACGCUUGCUCCGGCCAGAGGGCAGCGUUCUCAAGGACCGCUUCAAGAGCCUGCAGAAGAGGAACAUGAUUGAACCCAGAGAAAGAGCCAAGUUCAAGAGGAAACACAAACUGAAGUAUGUGGAGAAAAGAGCCUUCAAGGCCAUCACCUGAAGACCAGACCCCCAAACUCCCUGCUCCCACUCUCUGUUUGGAAUAAAUGAAUCUAUGUUUGAACCGCAAA